AUGGCUUCAUCACUACCUGAGACAUCGCCACCUGCUGGUAGAACUCAGGCACGUACAGAUUCCGACCUCGUAUUUGGCAAGGCUGUCGCCAAGUUCAAAAGUCGCCUCAACAGAACUCAGGCAGAACAGUUCGCAAAGUGCACGAUAGACGACGUCAGAAAUCAGAUCAGACAUAUCCAGAACCAUCACGGCUCUCAGCGACGGUUGAGAAAUAUGGAUCGCCUCUCUAAAUUCGUCGAAGGGAUGGUCCAUUUGGGUAAGGUCGUGGAGGUGUUCCUCAAUCUUCACAACGGUGUGGCAUUGAUCUGGGGCCCUAUCAAAUUUCUCCUUCUUGCAGCAAGCAAUUGGAUUGAUUCCCUUGACAGCCUGCUUGGUGUUUAUGGGCAAAUUGGAGAAGUUCUACCAGAUCUUGCUCGCUACGGGCAGAUUUACAAGGAAUAUCCUUAUGUCCAUACCCAUCUUGAAUCGUAUUACUGUGAUAUCCUUGAGUUUCACAGUAAUGCUCUUGAUGUGUUUGCUCGACCAGGCUGGAAAGUCUUGUUUCAUUCCGCCUGGAAAACGUUCAAGACCCAAUUCGAUCCCAUAUUGAAAAGUCUUGAGAGGCACAGGAUCAUGCUUUCAGAGGAGAAGCUUACAGCUGUCAUGGAAGAAUCACAAAAACAAGGGCAUUCCAUCCAAGACAAACUUGAUCAGUUGCAUAAACAAUUGCAAGAGAGAGACCAGAAGAAUGCUGAGAAGGAUUUGGCUGCUCAUCAAAGUCGAAUUGAUCAGCAGUACAGCACCGUUGAGAGCAGGAUCGACGCCCCGAACUACCAUGAGGACUACGAAAUUGCAUCACAGAAACGAUUCCAGAACACAUCUGGCCGCUGGAUCCUCAGCCAUCCUCUUGUCUCAGAGUGGCUUGACCACAGUUCCAAAGCUAACGGAAAAAUCUACUUGAGUGGUAUACCUGGGGCCGGCAAAACUGUUCUUACGUCUAGUAUAAUUGGCUAUCUUAAGGAACGACGGUCUUCCAGUAAAGGUUCGGCUAACAGUUUUUCUAUAUCGUACUUCUACUUCAAACACCAUCAGCGUAAGAAAAGCUCAUUGCUCUCCUUGCUUCUUGCACUAUUGGCCCAGCUAGUUGCUCAAGACGAGAGUUUGCUUGAUCACGUCUAUCAAGCUUGUCGUUCCGCCGAACUACAACAAUGUCGAUCAUUGGAUGAGGUUUCCCGCCAUGUCUCAACGGCGCUCCAGUCACAAUCUCGAUCUUUCGUUAUUAUUGAUGGACUGGAUGAGUGCACAGAAGCGUCCAGAGUCUUGGAGUGGUUUGAAAGUAUCAUGUCCAAACAGGAUGAUGCUUCAAGAGCUACCGACUUCAAUAUUCGCCUUUUUAUAUCCGGACAACGGGAUGGAAUUCUUGAAAGCCAGAUGUCCCAUUACACAAGAAUUGACCUGGAGACAUCUUCAGGACAUGACCAGGAUAUCGAGGCGUUCGCGGCGACUAUGGCCAUCAAAAUUCGAGAAAGGUUCUCUCUGGAUCCUGGAGUUGAGCAGGACAUCACUUUACGUGUUACGUCAAAGGCUGGGGGGAUGUUUCUAUACGCGCAGCUCGUCCUCAAUAACCUUUUUUCCCAAACCUCAAAGUAUGACUUGAAGCAAGAAUUGAAGGCUGAAACGUUUCCUGAGGGGCUUGAACAAGCAUACGAACGUGUUGUUGUUCGAGUGCUGAAAACCGCCAACAAAGCCGAGAGAGCCGUCGCAAAAGACGUCCUUGGAAUGAUCAUGAGUGCUUGUCGCCCCUUGCAUUGGAGAGAGAUUCAAAGCAAGUUUUGCAUCGAUCCAAGUAAAGGGGAAGCUGAUAUUGAUCGAAAGCUUGUGAUAAGCUGUAAGCACAUUUGCAGCUCUCUAGUGGACGUCAGCUAUCUCGACUCGUCGGCAUCAUCACCAGGGGAAGAGGUUAUCGAUCUCGUCCACACCACAGCCAAAAUAUAUUUGGUGCAAACCAAGGAAAUUGAUCUUCAAACCGAAAAUGCUAAAAUGGCUCUCUUCUGCACAGAAUACAUGAUAUCUCGGCCACUUACACCCGGGCUUCCGAAGCUAGAGAUUCAAGAAUAUGCUUCCAAGGGCUAUUAUGGUUUCCAUGACUACGCCGCCGCGUUCUGGUGGAAACAUAUUCAACAGGUUCUCGCCGCCUCGGAACUAGAUACUGAGCUGGCCCGGAAAGUAUUGCAAGCUGCUGAUCGUUAUGUCACGGAUAUUGGAGAGAUCGACCAAAUUAAAGCUCUCGAUGAUUCGUCAAAAGAAAUUCAGUCCCUAAAGAAAAAGCUUGGAGGUAUCCCUCAGAACCUCCGGGACUGGGACUCCAUGAGAAUCUACGAAAUGCGAGCAGUUGCAGUCAGAGACGCAAUGGAAGUACUUAUUAAUCAACCCUAUGAACAGAAAGAAGCCACUUUAGCUCUUUAUGGACCGUGGCGAUACAAGUGCCGCAAGCCAUGGUGUCAGUUUUUCAGCUGUGGUUUCGAAGACGCACAACAGCAACAUACUCAUAUCAACCAACACGAGUUGCCCUUCACCUGCGAAUAUCAGGGAUGCCAUGCUACCGAGGUUGGGUUUGGGACAGAGACUGAUCUCAAAACCCACACUAGAAGAUGGCAUCCUAAAGAAGAAUCUUCACUGUUCCCCGCGCCCAAGCGGCACACCCCGAGUCACAGCGACAUCCUGAAAGCUGUUCGAAUAGGAGACCUAAAUAAGGUAAAGGAUCUUAUAGAGCAACUCAAUAUCAGCCCAGACUAUCAGAGAAAGGGGGGCAAAUCCCUUUUAGAGCUCGCAGUACAGAAUGGACAUUUACACAUUGUCCAAUACUUAACAAAAAUGGGCGCAAAUGUCAAUGUUAAGGUUCGGCACGAAAAAAGUCUAUUGGAUGUAGCUAUCAGGAGCCGUGACCUGGAAAUCGUUACUUUUCUGUGCAAUCUCAACAGCAUGUCACUAGAUGAUCACUACAACACUCUGGCUACGUGUGUUAUGUUAGAUCCGUUCCCACAGGCAAUCAUGGGUCAAUUGCUACGCACAGCUUCUCUCAAAUGUUCACGAGACCUUGUGCUUUUCGCUAUCAGGUCAGAAAAAGCCACAGCUGUAGCAUACCUCGCACAAGCCCUUGACGGGUCUUGCUUCGACAGUGGCUUCGACAGUGCUCUUGAGGCUGCCGCCACGACAGGGCAUUUGCCUUGCUUAGAUGCCUUGCUGUCGUCAGGGAAAACUGACCCAAACUCUGGCGAUAUGGAGGGAGCCCUGCCGCUCCAUGCCGCUUGUGCAUCCGGGGCACUUUCAAUUGUUGAACGUCUCUAUGCUGUCACUACUACCAGCCACAUUGCACACGCCUCAGGAAAUACACCUUUGCAUUCAGCCUCCGUGGGCGGCCAUGUUGCAGUAGUAGAAUUUCUCAUCAAAAAAGGUGCAGACAUCAACGCUGCAAAUAUACUCCUUAAAACACCAUUGCAACUCGCCACAAGAAACGGCGAAAUGGCGGUCCGAAGGCUGCUGCUUGAAAACGGUGCAAGAUUAGACACAGUUGACGAGCCAGCUGGCGCGUUGCCUGAUGCUAACCGGGUGAUGGGACUGGACAACUCGUUUGGGCCAUUGUUUGACGGGGGGGGGGAUGGAACUCGCUAA